UUCGAGCAGCCCGGCAGCAAUGAAAGCACGAUCGAGUACCCUGCACUGCCAUGUCUGUGCAUGUGCCAUGACGUUUGGUGUUGUAUGACUAGUGCCAAGAGCACCUAACCCCCCAUAGGGCCAUACUCUUGGUAGUGCUGCGAAUCAUACAGAACAUACCGGUAUCACAGAUAAGAGCGUCUAGACAAUCAUAAUCAUUACCGGUCUCUGCUAUCGCCCAUCAAAAUGAUGUUAGAUGUACGCUACCUUGAGUUUUGAAUCGAAAUAAAUGUGAGAAGGUACAUGACAAAACGUCGUUGAUAUGAACCCAUGCUAGUUGAAAGUACUAGUUCAGUGCAAGCUGCAGCACUUGAAAUAUUUGUCCAGAGUGACAGUGACUGAGUUCCAUCUUAGAAUCCUAGCUUUUGGAUCCAGCCAAGAAGUGCUCCGGAGAUUUUCGGGACGUAGACUCAAACUUUGCGGUGCAGCAAGCCGCAGGCGCAGGUGAAACAACUGACGGGAGAUUCGUCAGACUCGGCAGCAAAUCUGAAUUGUUUUCAGGACUGAAAUAAUUCGUCGGCUCAGGCGGUACAGCAAGCCACCGUAGAUCUACGUGCAGUCUACAUACGCUGCAGCAAUAGCUGCUCCUCGCCCUCGCGGCCUCGGUAGAUCUGUAGCUAGGUCCAGCGUUUACGGCCUUGGUAGUGGCUUUCCAGACAGAUUUCAUUGAAAAGGCAACCAAUAUUUUAUUUUUUUACUGCUGUUACUUGCUUGCGCCGAUCUGAGGCUGAGAAAGCACCCAGGCUGUAACUGGGAGUGGGUGUAGAGCCGACCAGCGUAAGCAUGCCUCACGGUGGAGGUCAUCGUGGGGGUGGCGGCGGAGGUUAUCACGGUGGUGGCGGAUACCAUCAUCACCACCACCAUCACGGACACGGUCGUGGUGGUCGUCGCGGCCGCUGCAGCUUUCUGUGCUGCUUCGCCUGGUGCUACGCGGCUUUGAUAUUCGGCUGCUUGAUCACGCCUCUGAUUCUAGCCUUCAGCACGUUCGGCACAAAAACAUACGAGUUAAGUCCUCGCGCCACACGGCUGGUCAGCCUCAACACAAUCUUCAACGACUGGGUGACACUGUCGACAAAGGACACGCUCUCUCAGGCUGCCAAGAUGAACGCCUACGUCGUCUCCGCUAAGCCGCCGGUCCUGCCGACGCCCGACAAUUUCACACUGAGCGUGAACCGGUCUAUGUAUUGGGACGACUACGAGUUUUGGAGUUUCUAUCUCAUCGUACCGUCCCGGGCGGAGCUCAACAUCACCACGAAGGACAGCUUUGAGUUCUACCUCAUCCAAGGAGAUGACGCCUUCAAACAGUGGAAGGACGGCAACUACGAGGGAAAGUACACGGCCACGCACACCUACUCCGGCUCAACGGACAGUCGCGUGCACGACGUGCGUGCGUUCAGCGGUGACGUACCACACGACGACAUGUACUACUUUGUCGUGUCGCGCGACAGGCACCGCACAGCGCACCUCGGCCACUUCGUCGUCACGUUGGACGUGCAGCGUUCGCUGUACGACACCAACCUGACCACCUCACUUCUGGCAGAGUGCACGCUGGCGUCGAAGGACCGGCCGACUAACUGCACCACGUCCCUGUCGUAUCGCAGCACCGGCUACGCACUCUUCGAAGGGCCCGAGCUGACGAACGUGACGGACAUGGAGACGACGUACAGCGGGCAGGUCACGUAUUCGUCUCGCGUGGGUCUCUACGUGGGCGCGUUUGGCGGUCCUCCACUCACUCUAACUGCCGUCCUAAUCAUACUUGGAUUCAUUGCGAUGAAACCAUUUAAGUUCGGCUCUAGCAGCAGCAGUAGCUCUCGUCCCGUCACCGUCACACGGACCGAGACCUCUCCGCUGGUCGGUGCGGCAGAGUCAACCGAGCCGUCCGCUCCACCGAGCUACGUUGCCACGGCACCGGUAGUGCCGCAGCCGACCAACGCCAUGUACCCACCACCGCCCAGCUAUGCUUCGCUCUCCAAGACGUACGGUUAGGAGGUAACGCAAUGCAUCAAUGUACAGCGCUUGUCAAUGACGUAAUUUCGUAGCAUAAACACCCCACACAGCCACACAGCCACCUGGGCAUGGUCGUCUGGGGUGUUGAACACAGUGCAUUCCUGAACCCAGCGUACUACUCACAUGCAUUACUCAUACCUCCCAUAUUUGGCAAUGCACAUUGGCCUCAUGGCACGAGACAUCAAUGUACAGUGCUGCUCAAAGAAGCCCGGUCGCGUGAGUCAAGUUUGUGCCCUGCACCAUUUCGCCGCCAGGUGUUCGCAGAUUUAGGGCUGCGCAGUGCCCGGCGCGUGCUAGAGCGACUCCGACUGGAUUUCAUCGAGCAGCAUAACUGUACCUAUUGCUCAUGUUGCUACUGCUGGUGAUAAUGACGGUGCAGGUAGUGUGCAGCAUCAUCACUACAUGCAAUGCGUGCAGUGAAUGUCAAGCAUCGUACACUCCGUGCCUUUCUGUUCUGCUGUGUGGCAAUGAGCUCCCGUUCACGUGCUGCGGGGAAGAACUCAAAGCAUGCUCAGAUUGACGUCCGUUCGCUUCUUUCAGUUGAUAUCCUCCGGACUGUGUAUAAUGAUCCUUCUUAUUUUCGAAACUAUCUUUCUGAUCCUUAUCUACGUAUUUCUUUAUUGCCGUUUAUAAUGUUUCCUCGCACGCAUACGCAAAAGCACAGCUGCACACAAAAACGUUUUUAAAUUAAUGCACAUAAUAUUAUUUGCUCUGGACCUGCUGGCUGGAGUCCAUAUUGAAUUUAUUUGAAAAGUUAAAAAUGAAAACUGUGCUUUUUUUGCUGGCACAUUUCUCACGUUCUGACUUCAAUGAUCUGUGAGCUCCUCAUGCA